AUGCGUGAAAUCACGCGUGAAAGAGAAAGACAAGAACGGAAAUGUCAGCAAACGGAACAAAAAGUGAACGAAAGUAGAAAUGUAGUAAAAGGUUAUACGCGCGACAUUGAUCGACUUAAUAAUAAUAGCAAAGAAAUUGAAAAACAAUUUAAUGCUGCACGAGAUAAACAAGACAUAUUGUCAAGCGAGCAUUGUGCUGAAGCCGAUAAGAAAAGGGAAAAUAAUUAUAAACUAGCCGAUGCUAAAGACAAGUUAAAUGCUCGUCGAGCAGAAAUUCAAAAAGCAACUGUGAAUAUCAACUUAAAAGCGAAUCAAAUGCGAAUAAUCCAGAGAAAUGCACCCGCAACAAACAAUCGCACACGUACAAGAGAAAAAGCAAAAAAAACACAGGCAACAAUUGAAAAUGAUGGUAUAGUAUAUCGGGACGCUUUUACCAUAAUAUCAUCGAAAUUUGUCUUUUUUUGUACAUCAACAUUCAAUUCAUAUCGACAAUUUCAUAAUGAUAAGGAUCGAUUGACGUCAACGAUCGAGUAUUUAAUCGAUAAUGAAUUGAUAUACCAAUCCUCCGAUAAAAAUCGAUUCAUCAAUGGAACUCGUUCAAGUUAUGCCAUGGCAACACCAAAUCAAAUUGAACGAAAUAAUUUAGCACGUGAAGCACUGACGAAAUUAAAUUUGAAUAUUAAUGGUUAUGAAAAGUUAUAG